AUGGCGUUCAUGGUGAAGACCAUGGUGGGUGGCCAGCUGAAGAACCUCACCGGGAGCCUGGGGGGCGGCGAGGACAAGGGGGACGGGGACAAGUCGGCAGCGGAAGCGCAGGGCAUGAGCCGAGAGGAGUACGAGGAGUAUCAGAAGCAACUGGUGGAAGAGAAGAUGGAGCGGGACGCGCAGUUCACGCAGAGGAAGGCCGAGCGGGCCACGCUGCGGAGUCACUUUCGAGACAAGUACCGUCUGCCCAAGAACGAGACAGAUGAGAGCCAGAUACAGAUGGCAGGUGGAGAUGUGGAGCUACCCCGGGAGCUGGCCAAGAUGAUUGAGGAGGACACAGAAGAGGAAGAGGAGAAGGCCUCAGUCCUUGGGCAGCUGUCCAGCCUCCCAGGCUUGGACCUUGGCUCACUCAAGGACAAGGCCCAGACCACACUGGGAGACCUCAAGCAAUCAGCUGAGAAGUGCUAUAUCAUGUGACCUCUUCCCCUGGGGUUGUGCAUUGGGAUGGCCAGAGGGCUGGGUCCACAUGAGUUAUGAGUGUGUCUCAGUUUCCAGGGACCUAUACCCCAUUUGGGGCUUUAUUUCCCUUCCCCUAACCUAGCCUCAGAACCCUUCUCUUUCACACCCUAAG